GCGGCGGAGAAGACUGGAGGCAAGGGUCCUCCUAGUAGUUCGGGCAUUGUAAGGGUUGGAUAUUAUGAAAUGGAACGAACAAUCGGCAAAGGAAAUUUUGCGGUUGUUAAGCUAGCUACACACAUUGUCACAAAAACAAAGGUUGCCAUAAAGAUUAUUGACAAGACCCAGCUGGAUGAGGAGAAUAUACAGAAAAUAUUCAGGGAAAUUCAGAUUAUGAAAUUACUUCGGCAUCCUCACAUUAUCCGACUUUACCAGGUCAUGGAAAGUGAGAGAAUGUUAUAUCUAGUCACAGAAUAUGCCAGUGGAGGUGAAAUAUUUGAUCACCUUGUGGCUCAUGGGAGAAUGAAUGAAAAAGAGGCUAGAAAAAAAUUUAAACAAAUAGUAGCUGCGGUAUCAUAUUGCCAUAGUCGGCAUGUUGUACAUAGGGACUUAAAAGCCGAAAAUUUGCUUCUAGAUGCUGGUCUCAAUAUAAAAAUAGCAGAUUUUGGGUUUAGCAAUUUAUUUGAUACAGACACAAAAUUGAAGACGUGGUGUGGCAGUCCACCUUACGCAGCUCCUGAAUUAUUUGAAGGCAAAGAAUACGAUGCUCCUAAAGUUGAUAUAUGGAGUCUAGGUGUAGUAUUAUAUGUUCUGGUUUGUGGUGCUCUUCCUUUUGAUGGCAGUUCAUUACAGAGUUUACGGACUCGGGUGCUAAGUGGCAAAUUCAGAGUCCCCUUUUUUAUGACCACAGAUUGUGAAGAUCUAAUAAAACAAAUGUUAACUGUUGACUGUAAAAAACGUAUUACUAUGGAACAAAUAAUAAAUCAUCGGUGGAUGCAGUUAGGCGACGAUGAUACAGAAUUCUUACAAAUGAUUCGGGAGUUUAAUAUUAAUUGUGACUCGGAAUCUGAGACUGAGGAUCUUAAUGAAAAUGUGUUAGAACAAAUGGUGAAUAUUCAUAGACUGGAUAGAGAAAAGACUUUAGAAUCUGUGAAAAAUUCUGCUUACGAUCAUCAUAGUGCUAUAUAUCAUCUAAUGCUGGAUAAAAUAAAAAAACAUCCAAAGACAUUAUUGAACAAAAUCCAUCCAGAUCUCAUCGCUGCUUCUCAAAACUUGCCAAUGGUAACACGGACGGAACGAAGAUCUAGUAUUACAACUGGAGUCGUUGAGAGAGUCGAGGUACCAGUCGAAGAAGUUGGACCAAGCACGACACCUCCGUUGUUGAGAACGUCUCAUGUACCACCGCAGAUGCAGUUCUAUAAUGAAAAUAAUCAACUGGAAGACACAAAUUACUCAGACUCAGACGAAGAACCAUCUCCCGAGGCUCUAGCUCGGUACCUUGCCAUGCGGCGACACACGGUCGGUGUUGGAGACAGUCGCCAUGAGGUACCAGAGGAUGUUCGGUUCAGAUUGGCGCAACAUCAGCCACUUAUUGCCAUGCCGCAACCAAACUGCUUCAUGCCCUUUGGGUUCAGUCCUCUUGGAGGUCUGUCUCCCUAUGCGAACUUGCCAAUGGGUGCUAUGCCACCUCUCACGACUCCACAUCAGUAUAAUGUGCCAAUGGGCGAUCAGCAAUAUUUACAGUUACCUCCAAUGGCGGGAGCAGGUGGUAGUGCAAACUUAAGUCGUCGGGCAUCAGAUGGCGGAGCAAACAUUCAUAGAUUUUGCCGUCAAAUGAUACCAGGACACAGUCAGGCAGGCAGCAUGGAAGCCUUAUCGGCCCAGGGUGUGGGGCUACCCCUGACAGUUGAGGAGAAGGAGGACGCAUCAUCUGACCAAGAACCUGACCAAGAUGCAGUGCAAAGAUACCUUGCAAGCAGAGGAAGGGGUAAACGUCAUACUCUGGCAGUAUCCGACCCUGUACAUGAGGUGCCCCUUGACCUCAGUAUGGGCCUCCUGCAGCAGCCAAUCAGAGCUACACGACGAUCAUCAGAAAGGGGACUGUCUCCGUAUUCCUACAAAGAAGAAAAUGUGUUACAUUUACCUAACGACAGGUUUUCACUGGUGCGUCGAGCCAGUGAUGGGUUAUCUGGCGCUGCAUUACAUAAACACCAGCUGACAAACCUCGAGAAAAUCUAUAACCAGACUCUGAGCAACCAGCAGUCUGUACGACCAAGUAGUCAGAAUAGUCUCAAACAACUGCAGCAAGAAUGUCACGAACUGCAGAAGCAAGUAAUUAGUGGAACUGAACACCAUUUGUUGCAUCGUCGUCCAGCAAGCAUGUCAGCUUCACGUAUUCCGUCCCCGCCGGUCACACCAGCAUCUCCCGUCUUUCAGCAUCGUAGUCCAUCUAGCCCUGACUCACAAAGUAGUGCCAACCUAUAUCAGCAUUUACAGAGACUCCAUCUGACUCAACAGAUCAGGGGUGCUGGUUCGCCAACAUUCCGCAGGAGUAGUCCCCCAAAUUUAGCUAGUCUAGGCCAACAAGGGUCUGAAAGUCCGCCUCAGUCUUUUCCAAAUCUGUUACAGAAUAUCCCACAGGGACAUCAUCGGAGUAGUCCUCCUCCAAAUUUUCAGAAUUUACAAAUAAUUAAAGAGGAUUCUCUAGAUUUGGACAAGAGUUCACAAUCGGAAAGUGAAGAAGACAUGUUAGUGCAAGAAAAUGGUGACAAUGCAGAUUCCACUGCUACGAAUCAGAAGGCUUACAAAAGUAAACCUCAGAUAAGUAUAACAGACACACAAGGUCACGUUACUGCUGUCACCUCAGAUGGUGACUCCGAAUCGGAAAAAGGAGACAAUUCUGACAGUGCAACAGUGUCACCAAGUUCACCAUCGAAUGUACCCACAAGUUUACCCUUCAAUUACAACUACAGGUUACCAUACGGUAGCCCUGUUCACUCAAACCUUGCAGACAUUCCACCGGAGACAAAAGUUUCUGGAAUUACUCAAGAUCUUUAUUAUACCUCCUCAAAUGUGAACUGGCUGACUCAUCAACAGCAACUGUAUUUACAAAGACUUCAGAGUAUUCAAAACGCGGCUAAUUUACCUAAUGUAGGCAGUUUCAGCAAUUAUACAGGAAAGUUUAGUGCUCGACAUUCGCAACCUACAUCUCCAAAAAGCUGGGAGAUAAGUAGUGAGGGAAUGUAUGAAAAAGCAGCCAGUGAUUGGCUGAUAACUUCAGGCAAUAGCCAAUCACCUGGAAGAACAGAUUUUAAUGGCUCUGCUCCAUCUUUACAAUUGGGUGGGGAGUGUGAAUUGACAAAAGUUGGUUCAUAUGUGAAUGUCUCAUCAAAACGGUCAGUAGAGGAUAUUUUGAAUGAUAUCAGGAAAAUAUUAGAACAAAGUGGCCCCCAGAUAGCAUAUAAGUGCUCAGAAAACAGGUUUCAGCUGGCAAAUUCAGACGUUUCAAUGGAAGUGGAAGUAUGUGAAGGGGUAGAUGCAAGUAGACUACAAGUGCGACGAAUCUCGGGAGACAGAGGUUGUUAUCAGCAACUAUGUCAAGAACUCCUUGCAGGCAUUAAUAUAUGAGGUGUUUUCUGAUGUAUAUUUAAAUUAUUAUCUAUCUCUUUUUAUUAGGUGUAUAAAGCUUUUUCUUCAUAGAUUUUUAUAAUGCAUAUCUUUUCUUCAGUUAAGCAUUUCCUCUUUUGCAUUGCACACAUUUUUGUUUCUUAAAUCAUGUUUAAACACAAGAUCUUAAUUUUGAGCUGGUAUUUUUAGGUAUAGACUUGACGAGUUGAAUGUAAUUUCAGUACACUCGAGGAAUGUUCAGAAAAAAUUCUGUGAACAUUUAGUGAUAUCUAUAGUGCAUUAAUAUUUAGAAGAAAAACUUUAAAAACAAAUUUUUGCUGUUAUGUAUGUUUUCAUUAUAGCAUUUCCAUAGAUACAAGAUCUGUCAAGGCAACAGUCAAUAGAUUCAUUACAUGACCCUGUUAAAUGAAACACAACAAUUAGAUAAUCUUACUUGCAUGGAUGAAAUCAAAGAGUCAUGCUAGUCAUUCAUCACAGGUUAUCUGACUAAAUAUUACAGUUAUAUUAACAUUUAACACAAAGAAAAAUUAAACAACCUUAGAAUUGACAGAAUUGAUAUGAUGUUAAUUAACUUGUGUUUUCAUAUUGGCACUAUAAUAGAUCCAAAAUCAGUAGUAUGACCAAAGUCGGCAGGCCAAGGGUCAAUGUUAUAGGGCCUAUUUAUUAUAAACAUGCAAUUUAAGCCUGUAUCUUCCAAUGUACAUGCUAGAAAAAUAAUGCAUUGGCAUUAAAGACACUGCUAGGGGCAAAAAAGACACUGCUGGGGCUAAAUCACCGGAAUCAUUUAAUAAAUGAGCCGCUUCAUGAGAAAAUCAACAUAGUGCAUUUGCAACCAGCAUGGAUCCAGACCAGCCUGCACAGACUGGUCAGGAUCCAUGCUGUUGGCUUUUAACACCUAUUGUAAUUAGAGAAACCAUUAGCCAACAGCAUGGAUCCUGACCAGACUGCGCAGAUGUGCAGGCUGGUCUGGAUCCAUGCUGGUCGCAAAUGCACCGUUUUGGCUUUCUCAUGACGCGGCUCAAAUAUUUCAUCAUCGCCGUUUGUCACUGUUAAUAGAUAAAGAAUUGUUGCAAUAGUAUGACAGGAAGGAGAUAUAGAUUUGAAGAUUUGAUUGCUUAAUGUCACGUUUAAAUGAAUAUCAUCAGAUUUAUUUUAGUUUCAUCAAAAUUUGAUAAAAAUUUUCUAUAAGUAAGCACAAAAGUUGUAUGUAAAACGUAAAGAAACAAAUAAACAAGAAGGUUAAGCACAUUUUGGGCAGUAUAUAGAAAUACAUAUAAUAUAAUAAAGUAUGUGGAAAACCUAUAAAAUGUGUUAAUCAUGAAAUUUAUUAACAUCAUGUGAUAAAGAAGGAAUUUAGCUGUAUGUUAUAGUAUGCACAUACAAUAUCAGCUUUAUGCAUGUGUGAUCUUUGGUGUUAUAUAGACAUAUCUAAAAGUUUUUAAAAAUUUGAGAUUUUGAUGUGCACUUGGAGCCAUGCCUGUCUGCUUCUAUUUGUAGACUUAUUAGUUUUUAAGCUCGACUUUCUAAAGAAAAAGUAGAGCUGUUGCAUUCGCCCUGGCAUCGUAUCGCCAUUGGUUAGAGUUUUUGAUAAAGUCAAAUAUCUCUGUUACUAUAAAAGCUUUUGAUUUGAAACUUAAAAUAGUUAUUUACUAUCGAAAUCUACACCAGGGGCCGUAUUCAUAAAGCAUCUUAAGUAUAAGUUUUGACUUAAGUUUAAGAUUUUACUUAAAUUUGUGGUUAUUUCAACUUAAGUCUAAGUAAAAACUUAAGUUCUAGUCAUAAAACAGCUAAAACUUAAGAUACGUAAGAAAUGACUUAAGUCAGAAAAUAAAAUAGCGUGGUGAGUACGAUUAAAGUGUUGUUUUCAGAUAAAAGCACUUUAAACAUAAUUGUGCAUGUUGUAUCUGUCUGAAAUUAAUGUUGUUUUUAGCUCACCUGUCACAUAGUGACAAGGUGAGCUUUUGUGAUCACGCAGCGUCCGUCGUCCGUCCGUCCGUGCGUUAGUCCGUCCGUCCGUAAACUUUUGCUUGUGACCACUCUAGAGGUCACAUUUUUUGUGGGAUCUUUAUGAAAGUUGGUCAGAAUGUUCAUCUUGAUGAUAUCUAGGUCAAGUUCGAAAGUGGGUCACAUGCCAUCAAAAACUAGGUCAGUAGGUCUAAAAAUAGAAAAACCUUGUGACCUCUCUAGAGGCCAUAUAUUUCACAAAAUCUUCAUGAAAAUUGGUCAGAAAGUUCAUCUUGAUGAUAUCUAGGUCAAGUUCGAAACUGGGUCACAUGCCAUCAAAAACUCGGUCAAUAGGUCUAAAAAUAGAAAAACCUUGUGACCUCUCUAGAGGCCAUAUAUUACACAAGAUCUUCAUGAAAAUUGGUCAGAACGUUCACCUUGAUGAUAUCUAGAUCAAGUUCGAAACUGGGUCACGUGCCUUCAAAAACUAGGUCAGUAGAUCUAAAAAUAGAAAAUCCUUGUGACCUCUCUAGAGGCCAUAUAUUUCAUGAGAUCUUCAUGAAAAUUGGUCAGAAUGUUCACCUUGAUGAUAUUAAGGUCAAGUUUGAAAGUGGGUCACGUGCCGUCAAAAACUAGGUCAGUAGGUCAAAUAAUAGAAAAACCUUGUGACCUCUCUAGAGGCCAUAUUUUUCAUGGGAUCUGUAUGAAAAUUGGUCAGAAUGUUCAUCUUGAUGAUAUCUAGGUCAGUUUCGAAAGUGGGUCACGUGCCAUCAAAAACUAGGUCAGUAGGUCAAAUAAUAGAAAAACAUUGUGACCUCUCCAAAGGCCAUAUUUUUCAUGGGAUCUGUAUGAAAGUUGGUCUGAAUGUUCAUCUUGAUGAUAUCUAGGUCAAGUUCGAAACAGGGUCAUGUGCGGUCAAAAACUAGGUCAGUAGGUCUAAAAUAAGAAAAACCUUGUGACCUCUCUAGAGGCCAUACUGAUGAAUGGAUCUCCAUAAAAAUUGGUCAGAAUGUUCAUCUUGAUGAUAUGUAGGUCAAGUUCGAAAGUGGGUCACGUGCCUUCAAAAAGUAGGUCAGUAGGUCAAAUAAUGAAAAAACGUUGUGACCUCUCUGGAGGCCAUAUUUUUCAUGGGAUCUGUAUGAAAGUUGGUCUGAAUGUUAAUCUUGAUGAUAUAUAGGUCAAGUUUGAAACUGGGUCAACUGCGAUCAAAAACUAGGUCAGUAGGUCAAAUAAUAGAAAAACCUUGUGACCUCUCUAGAGGCCAUACCCUUGAAUCGAUCUUCAUGAAAAUUGGUCAGAGUGUUCACCUUGAUGAUAUCUAGGUCAAGUUUGAAACUGGGUCAUGUGCCUUAAAAAACUAGGUCAGUAGGUCAAAUAAUAAAAAAACCUUGUGACCUCUCUAGAGGCCAUACUUUUCAUGGGAUCUGUAUGAAAGUUGAUCUGAAUGUUCAUCUUGAUGAUAUCUUGGUCAAGUUUGAAACUGGGUCAACUGCGGUCAAAAACUAGGUCAGUAGGUCUAAAAUUAUUGAAAUCUUUUGACCUCUCUAGAGGCCAUAUUUUUCAAUGGAUCUUCAUGAAAAUUGAUCUGAAUGUUCACCUUGAUGAUAUCUAGGUCAGUUUCAAAACUGGGUCACGUGCGAUCAAAAACUAGGCCAGUAGAUAUAAAAAUAGAAAAACCUUGUGACCUCUCUAAAGGCUAUAUUUUUCACGAGAUCUUCAUGAAAAUUUGUGAGAAUGUUCACCUUGAUGAUAUCUAGGUAAAGUAUCUUCGAAAACUAGGUCAAUAGGUCAAAUAAUAGAAAAACCUUGUGACCUCUCUAGAGACCAUAUUUUUCAAUGGAUCUUCAUGAAAAUUGGUCAGAAUUUGUAUCUUGAUAAUAUCUAGGUCAAGUUCAAAACUGGGUCACAUGAGCUCAAAAACUAGGUCACUAUGUCAAAUAAUAGAAAAAACGAAGUCAUACUCAAAACUGGGUCAUGUGGGAAGAGGUGAGCGAUUCAGGACCAUCGUGGUCCUCUUGUUUUAAUGUUUUCGUCCACAAUAAAAAACAAGAAUUACUUAUUAAGUUGUUUUAUGAAUAACAAAUAUCCUUAAGUAAAAUAAAUUUCUAACCUAAGUAAUACUUAAGUAAAUAAUCAAUUUCUUAUACUUAUACUUAAGAUGCUUUAUGAAUACGGCCCCAGGAGAAAUAAUAUAUAUAUCCAUAACUGAGAAAAGUUGAGCGUGCUGUUUUACGGACAGCUCUAGUUGACAUUGGUACUAUUUAUAGCCUUAUUUUAAGGGGUAUGCUGUGUAGGUUUAAACAGUUUGUAAUAAGUUUUACUUGAUUAUGAAGAAUAACUGUAAAAUUGAGAUAUUUCUGGCAUAAUCUUUUUCCUCAAAAUGAAAUCAUAUUAUUCAGAGUGCUACAUCAGUAAUUAUAACUUGGUGGGGAAAAUAUACCAUAAUUAUAAUGUCUUUGUCAGUUUCAAUAUUGAUACAGAUGUCUUGGAUUUUUGUGUUUGUUUGUUUGUUUGUUUUCAGAAAUAGGGCAUUUUAUCAGUGAUAUCUAAAUGCAUGAAAUGCAGUUUGUAGUUUAGGACAUUACAGUAAAUAUUAUGAAAACAAAGUAUUUAAAAAGAUGGGUGCUUCAACAAAAUCUAUUUUAAUUUAAAAUUUUUUAGUGUUAUUCUUUAUUCAAUGGCUGCUUGUUAUCAAGUAAUACAUCCUGCUGAACCAUACUCAUUAGAUCAAUCUGAAAGGCUGCACUUUUAGAUAUUUACAAGAAAGCAAUCUAGUGAUGAUACUGAUCCAAAAUAUCUGAUUCAUUUUCUCACUUUUAAUAAUAUCAUGUGUGGUCAAUAUAUAGUCUUGUUGACCAUCUUUGAUCAGUAUUACUUUCAGGUAGGUAUAAAAAAGUAUUGAACCCAACAGAAGUCUGCAAUUGAAUAAUUUUGUUUGAAUUUUCAAGAAUUAAAAGAAAUACUGAUAAGAUAUCGUGGGCCAAGAUGCAAGUUCAUGUAAACAUUCCUUUAUUGAGGUCCUUCAUCGAUCUACGAUACAGAGUUGUCCUUCUUCUACAUCAGAAGCAUUCACCUCUAUCAAUAGGAUAAAAAUACACAUCUUAAACACGUCACUGAAUAAGAUACUUUUCUUAUUAUAAGUCAUUGCUUUGGUUAUAAUGAUCUUUAUUUUGACAAUUAUUUGCUUUGAAUUUCUUCCAAAUUAUAUAGUGUGCUAAAGGCUUUUCCGAGAAAUAAUAUCUUAAGUGUCGACCACAAAGUUGUUGAAUUUCCAGUAUUUGAUAUGAGUUUAGACAGUUUUGCAUUCAACCAUCAAAAUCUAGGAGAACUAGAAUACUGUAUAUUCCCUAAUCUAUGUCUUGCCUCUAAUAAAUACCCCCCCCCCCACCCCCCACCCACCACUUCCAUAUUUAAUUUUAAAAAAGUCUAUGUUAAUGUUAGUUAUAAGUGAAUACUAGCACAUUGAUCAUGCUGUAAUUGUUAAAUUUAUAAUUUGUAUUUAACAAAAAACUGUUGGGGAAACAUUUUUUACGGCCUUUAUUAAUGCCCCAUUUGCAAAAUGUAAUGUCUUGUGGGACUGCUAAUAAUGAAAUAUAUAUAUAUUAACUUUGAAGUUAAAGUUUGGAAAUUCCUUAAAAGAAGUAAAAACAAAUGAAUUAUGGAUAAACAUGUUAUUUGUAACAAGUAGAUAAUCUAUCUUUUAAGAGUAGUCUGGUGAAAGAGCAUGUACUCGGGUUCUUUUUUUUAGCUCACCUGUCACAAAGUGACAAGGUGAGCUUUUGUGAUCGCGCGGUGUCCGUCGUCCGUCCGUGCGUCCGUUAACUUUUGCUUGUGACCACUCUAGAGGUCACAUUUUUCAUGGGAUCUUUAUGAAAGUUGGUCAGAAUGUUCACCUUGAUGAUAUCUAGGUCAAGUUCGAAACUGGGUCACGUGCCAUCAAAAACUAGGUCAGUAGGUCUAAAAAUAGAAAAACCUUGUGACCUCUCUAGAGGCCAUAUAUUUCACAAGAUCUUCAUGAAAAUUGGUCAGAACGUUCACCGUGAUAAUAACUAGGUCAAGUUCGAAACUGGGUCACGUGCCUUCAAAAACUAGGUCAGUAGGUCAAAUAAUAGAAAAUCAUUGUGACCUCUCUGAAGGCCAUAUUUUUCAUGGGAUCUGUAUGAAAGUUGGUCUGAAUGUUAAUCUUGAUGAUAUCUAGGUCAAGUUCGAAACUGGGUCACGUGCAGUCAAAAACUAGGUCAGUAGGUCUAAAAAUAGAAAAACCUUGUGACCUUUCUAGAGGCCAUAUAUUUCACAAGAUCUUAAUGAAAAUUGGUCAGAACGUUCACCUUGAUGAUACCUAGGUUAAGUUCGAAACUGGGUCAUGUGCCGUCAAAAUCUAGGUCAGUAGGUCAAAUAAUAGAAAAACCUUGUGACCUCUCUAAAGGCCAUAUUUUUCAUGGGAUCUGUAUGAAAGUUGGUCUGAAUGUUCAUCUUGAUGAUAUCUAGGUCGAGUUCGAAACUGGGUCACGUGCUGUCAAAAACUAGGUCAGUAGGUCAAAUAAUAGAAAAACCUUGUGACCUCUCUAGAGGCCAUAUUUUCCAUGGGAUCUGUAUGAAAGUUGGUCUGAAUGUUCAUCUUGAUGAUAUCUAGGUCAAGUUCGAAAGUGGGUCACAUGCGGUCAAAAACUAGGUCAGUAGGUCAAAUAAUAGAAAAACCUUGGACCUCUCUAAAGGCCAUAUUUUUCAACGGAUCUUCAUGAAAGUUGGUCUGAAUGUUCAUCUUGAUGAAAUCUAGGUCAAGUUCGAAACAGGGUCAUGUGCGGUCAAAAACUAGGUCAGUAGGUCUAAAAAUAGAAAAACCUUGUGACCUCUCUAGAGGCCAUACUUGUGAAUGGAUCUCCAUAAAAAUUAGUCAGAAUGUUCAUCUUGAUGAUAUCUAGAUCAAGUUCGAAAGUGGGUCACGUGCCUUCAAAAAAUAGGUCAGUAGGUCAAAUAAUGAAAAAACGUUGUGACCUCUCUAGAGGCUAUAUUUUUCAUGGGAUCUGUAUGAAAGUUGGUCUGAAUGUUUAUCUUGAUGAUAUCUAGGUCAAGUUUGAAACUGGGUCAACUGCGAUCAAAAACUAGGUCAGUAGGUCUUGAAAUAGAAAAACCUUGUGACCUCUCUAGAGGCCAUACCAUUGAAUGGAUCUUCAUGAAAAUUGGUCAGAAUGUUCACCUUGAUGAUAUCUAGGUCAAGUUUGAAACUGGGUCACGUGCCUUAAAAAACUAGGUCAAUAAAAAUAAUAGAAAAACCUUGUAACCUCUCUAGAGACCAUAUUUUUCAAUGGAUCUUCAUGAAAAUUGGUCAUAAUUUUUAUCUUGAUAAUAUCUAGGUCAAGUUCAAAACUGGGUCACAUGAGCUCAAAAACUAGGUCACUAUGUCAAAUAAUAGAAAAAACGACGUCAUACUCAAAACUGGAUCAUGUGGGAAGAGGUGAGCGAUUCAGGACCAUCAUGGUCCUCUUGUUCUUUUUCCACAUUAUACACCAUUUUGAUAUUUUUGAAAUGUGUUUUGAAAUAUGUUUAAUCUUUACUGAAAUAAGUUUUUCUUACAAUAAAAAAAAAGUAAUAAAGAGAAUUUAACACAGUAGUACCUUUUAAUAUGUCUACUCACAAAUGAUUCAACUAAAGAGAUCUGGUGGUAGUUUAGCAAGUCUAGUAUUUAGUAGCCCUGCCUGCUGUGAUUUUUUUACAGGUAAAAAUGGUUUGUGUAUUGUAGAUGUGCAACCAUGGCACACAUCAGACUGUUGGUGUGUUGUUGUUGGUUUGCAUCAGUGGUGACAGUUACAAUCCAGUAUCUAUCCUUGGUUAGUAAGGCCCUUUUAAAAAGUUGGCAUUACAAAUUAGCAACAUAUACGAAAAUUGGACCCUGCAUGCAGAAUCAAAAAACAUUCUACAAAAUAUUGACAGUUUGUGAAUUUAUUGAAAUGGCAACAUCACUACCAUUCUAAAGAUGAAAUGUGUUAGUAAAAUGUUUACAUGUGAUAUUGGUUCUAACUAAUGUUUUAAAAUCAGGUAAAAAUUUCAAAGAUUAUUUGCAAAUAUCUCAAAAGUAAGCUCACAGACCUAUUCAUUUUUUUUUUACCAUGUAAUAGAUGAUAUAUUAAUUUACAGCUGUGAGAAGUUUCUUUAAAUCUACCUUGUAGGCAAUGUUCUUUUUGCAAAAAUGUUACCAAUAUCGUGAUUUUUCCAUAGACCUAUAAAAAUUUGCUUGAAGUCAAAUUUUUCAAAUCAGCCUAGCAAAAAAUCAAACACAUAACCCUGUCUCAAAGUUUUAAAAAUCAAGAUUUGAUUGAAUUCUACAUCAUAGAAAAACAUUGCGCUCGAUGUACACAUGUACCUUAAGAGUGAUACUGUAACCAAAUCAGAUGCUGACAUUUAUAUGCAAUAUGAUUGUAAAAGAUGCUGUAUUCAUUGUCAUUGUUAAUGAUAACUGUUUUACAUUUUAAUACUAAUUUGUACUGGUAAAUAUAUAUAUGAGCCGUGCCAUGGGAAAACCAACAUAGUGGGUAUGCGACCAGCAUGGAUCCAGACCAGCCUGUGCAUCCGCGCAGUCUGGUCAGGAUCCAUGCUGUUCGCUAAUAGUUUCUCCAAUUCCAAUAGGCUUUAAAAGCGAACAGCAUGGAGCCUGACCAGACUGCGCGGAUGCGCAGGCUGGUCUGGAUCCAUGCUGGUCGCAUACCCACUAUGUUGGUUUUCUCAUGGCAAGGCUCAUAUGACUGAAGUCGACCAGUUUCUUGUGAUCCAAUCACUUGUUAUAUACCUCUCACCUUGGCAAAUCUUUUUAAGAGCUGUUAGUAAGCCAUUUCUACCAAAAUGCCAGCUGUCUUGAACAAUGCUCACAGAGUUAAUGAUUUCUAGGAGUUUUUCUAUACUGUGAAAGUAGGGAAAUUUACAUACAUUUGUAUAACUUCAGCUUUUUAUACCAAUUCAACUAAAUAUAUUGACACAAACUAUCUUUACAUGUGACUGGAAUCUUUUUACUGUGCAACUGAAGAUGUAGUUUUUGUGAAAUUCAGUUCUCACCUAAGAAUCUAAGAAUGUAUAAUAAUAAUAAUGCAAUAUGCAAGUCAAGUAUUAUUUGACAGAUUUUCUCCACAUUUUCAUGUAUGUGUGAUUAGUGAUUAAGGUAAAUUUUGUAUUUGUUUGACUUAGAUAUUCCAACUUGGGCAUUGCCCUAAUUUAGACAACAAGCAGCCAGACAGGGAAAUUCAUUAUUUUGUUAUAAAGCAAAUAUUGGAGUUUUUGUCACACUGAGAAUAAAUUUUAGAUACUGUUUAAUCACUUGUAGUAACAAGGUUUUAUUACGUCUCCCACCACACAGUGGUGUGGGAGACAUAUUGAUUUACUCCAGUCUGUCUGUGUGUCUGUCUGUCACAAAGCUUGUCCGCACUCUAAGUCGAACAUUUCUCAUGGGAUCUUCACCAAACUUGAACAAAAUGUGUUUGACCAUAAGAACUUGGCCACGUUCGAUAAUUAGCCAAAUCUGCUUAGGGCCUUUUGAAUUAUGGCCCUUGAAUUACUGAUUGGAUCCAUUCGUCUAGACCAUCCAGAGAAACUAGUCAUUUUUCAUUGGGCAGUUGUGGGAGAUAUGUGCUUUUCUCAAAAGCAUCUCUAGUUUUUUUUUAUUUUGCUUUAAAUAUAAGACAAUACCAGUGGUGAUGUGCAUUAGUCUAUGGAACUCUGAGGGUGAUAAUGGCAACUUGCAAAAUUUCAAAAUAUUUUGAUUAGUUUUGAGUCUAUUGUAAAAAGAAACAUAUUUUAUGAGAUAUUUUCCAUUGUAAAUAUAAGCCAUUUUUGAAACUUUUGUUUUAAGAUUAAAUAUAAGCCAUUUUUGAAACUUUUGUUUUAAGAUUAAAUAUAAGCCAUUUUUGAAACUUUUGUUUUAAGAUUAAAUAUAAGUCAUUUUUGAAACUUUUGUUUUAAGAUUAAAUAUAAGCCAUUUUUGAAACUUUUGUUUUAAGAUUCAACUUUGACUCUUGUUUGUUAAUAGAUUGUUAUAAAAAAAUCUGAAUAUCUUGGUAAGCAGAAAAGCAACAUUUUCAUAUGAAUUAAAUUUUGAUUUUCUUGAAAAAUAUUGUAACAUUUCACAAGAAAACCUAUAAGUUACAAAUUAAUUGGCUCAAACUGUAGGCUUAUGUGAAGUUGAUGACUACGGACAGGUAGCAUUUCAUUCUAAGAUAAUUUAGGGAGCAUGAAGAAAGAGGGAUAACUUUAUGUCAAAAUGUUAAUGGGAUUUAUGUUUUAAUUGACUUCUGCAACUAAAAUGGUAAAAUUCAAAAGGAACAAAGACAGAUUAAUAUGAAACUUACGAAUCAAUACUAAAGUAUUUUAUUUUAUGGAUUUAUAGCCAGUAAAGUAUAAAUGGUUUAUAGUUGUAAAGCCUGGGCAACAGACAAGGGGACAAUUCAUAGCACAAUGAUGAAUAUUUGAAUGUUUGUCGGUCAGCUUGCCAUUAAUGGAGAGGAUUCAUUUUAACUGAAGUGGAGGGUUACAGUUACAUAUCUCUAGCAUCUGAGAACAUAUUGGAAAUUGACCAAUAGCAAGGCUUCAUUUUGAUAUUGGUCUCUACACACACUAUUAUAGCUGUUGACCGAGGCUUAGUUAAACAUACUACUCUUGCUUAGUAAGGCUGCUCCCAACACAAGAAUAUGUCUGUGUACUCAUUUAUACAUAGUGCUUGACCAUUCUUUACAAUAUGCUAUUGUAUAAGUGGUCACCUGUAUAUACCAUCACAAUGCUUAGUAAAGUCAACUUAUGGUCCACACAUUAGAAUUUCCUGUAAAAUUACUGUACAUCUAGAAUCUGAAUAUCACGGUCAACUGUCUAUAGUGGUCAUUUUUAGGCUAUCUAUUGAGCAUUGCAAACAGCCAGUACUAUUAAGUCUUUUGAUCUAGGAAAAUGUAUAGCAUUCACCUAUGCAAGCUAAACUGAUGAAUAUAAUAAAUUAUAAUUCCUCCAGGGAAUUAAAGAUAUUUUAUGUCCAAAUUUCAUAUUUAAAAAUACAUUUACUUUACAGUAUUUCUGUAGACAUAAAAUAAAUGUUUGCAUAUAUAAACACUGUAUGUAAGGUUUGAAAUAAUACAUGCUAAUAAAUGUGUUGGUUCACAUACUUUUAAUAAAAAUACUGGAAGUUUUUGUAAGAAAUAGCUGUUACUAUAAUUAUGUAACCUUAAUUAUGAUUGCAGCUCUACAUACACAGUUUCUGUAUGUUUUCUAUAUUUAAGCCAAUAAUGAUGCAAUAUUUUAGUGAAAGGUGAGGAUAGUACAUUCUGUAAGUGUUCUAGCUAGUUGUCUCCAAAUUCUUAUUUUGUUAUUUUUUGAUAGCCUUACACCACGAGGAAAUCUUUUAGCAAUGCACCCUUUUAAAUGUGUAAUAUUCUGUCAAAGCUAUUGGCAUUUUAAAGAUAUUCAGGAAAGUGUUUUAGUUUAAAAAUAAUGUAUAGCAGAAGCUUGUUUAAAUCACAGACAGGUUUUGUUACACUUCCCAUGGAACAAUUUUCCUAUUCCAUGUGAUACUGCAUUUAAAUUUAUUAAAACACCGUGUUUAUGUUACAUUAUAUCAUAUUUGAGCCGUAUCAUGAGAAAACCAACAUAGUGGCUUUGUGACCAGCAUGGAUCCAUGCUGUUCGCUUUCAGAGCCUAUUGCAAUUAGAGAAACUAUUAGCGAACAGCAUGGAUCCUGAACAGACUACGCGGAUAUGCAGGCUGGUCUGGUUCCAUGCUGGCCGCAAAGCCACUGUGUUGGUUUUCUGAUGGCGCGGCUCAUUUAAUAUGUGUUACAUGUAAAAUAGCAUAUCAAAUGAUUAUUGUAGCACUGUUUUUUUUUCCCUGUAAGUAGAUGAGCAUUACAUCAGCCUUUGUUUUUGUUAUUCAAAAUAAACAUGCAUAUUAUCAUACAAUAUAGCAUUGUCCAGGAUGCACAAAAGUAUAAAAAAUAAAUAAAUCAGAAUACAGUAGAACCUCCUUCAGCAACCACUUGAAUUAAGCAGCCACUUACCUUAGGCAGUCAGUCAGAUUACUACCAGAAUGCUCUAAUGUUCUUAUUUUAGCUUGUCAUAAGCAGCCACUAGCCAUUAAGGAGCUUGAUUAUGUUGCUACCUUGGCUGGAUGCUGAAUACAGGUUGUACUGUAUACACACAAAUAAGCUGUUGGUAAAAGGGGUUGGUUGGGGCCAACUUUGGGGUGUAGAUGGUAAAUCUUCUAAAUGCAAAGUGAUAAAUUCCUUGCAUAAACUAUGUACCUGUGAUUUUAACCUUUAGCCUGAUUCUGCCUCUGCGAGCAGCACAGACCAGGAUCAUACGUGCAGACUGAUCAUGAUCUACACUGUUUGCUAUUUAAUCAGUAACUUUUCAGUGAGCAUCCCUUCGAAUAGUAAAUGGUAUUGCCCAAAUUGAAUGAUGGUAAAGUCCAUUUUAAAAAUUUAGUAGGCUAAAGGUUAAGUGCUUGUGUGACAGUAAUUCUUCUAAUAACUUGAUCUGCCAACAUUUUUAUCACUAAUUAUUUUUUCUAAUGGUGCUUUUGUAUUAUAUGUUGACUUAUUUGUGAUAAUUCUUAAUGAUUUGGAUUUUUUAAAGUAUAAAUCUAAUAUAUUAUCUCUUAUAUAGAUAUUAUAUAUAUUGCUGAAAGUGUGAAUGUUAUUUAUGUGUGUUGUAAUGAGAGCUUUCAAAUUUACCAUUUCUAAUGAAUUUUGUUUAUUUUUCUAAAAUUAACUUGAAUGAUUAGGAAAAGUGAAACUGGGCUAAAUGAUAUAUAAGGCGCGCCAUGAGAAAACCAACAUAGUGGGUUUGCGACCAGCAUGGUCAGGAUCCAUGCUGUUCGCUAACAGUUUCUCUAAUUGCAAUAGGCUUUGAAAGCGAACAGCAUGGAUCCUGACCAUACUGCGCUGAUGCGCAGGCUGGUCUGAAUCCAUGCUGGUCGCAAACCCACUGUUGAUUUCUCAUGGCGCAGCUCAUAUGUGAACUGGAGUACAUUGUAAACAUAUUUUAGCUAAACUGGAUUACUUGAGGUUUUAAAAUAGGUCACUAGGUCAAAACAGAGCAAAAGUAUGUUAGAAGAGAGGUCACAUUUAUUAAACUUAAUGGUCAAAAACUAGGUCUCUAGGUCAGAUUGCAGAAAAACUUUGUAAAUACUCUGAGGAGGCCAAUAUUUGUAAGUGGUCUUUCUAAAACUUUGUCAGAAUGUUUGUCUCUUUAAGAUCUUGGAUAAAUUUAUAACUUGGUUACUUACAAAAAAAAAAAAGUUAACUGCAUGAAAUCAUUGGAAAAAACUUGGUUAAUAACCUGCUUAUUUACAUACAACAUGGUUGGAAUGUUUAUUUCAAUGAAAUCUAAGGCCAGUAUGAUAUUAGGUUAUGUGAGUUAAGAACUAGGUCUAACUAUACAUGUCAGGCCUUCAGGACAGUCUUGUUUGACAUCUUGACUAAUUUGUAUAUCCACCAUACACUGAGUAGGAUCUUGAUGGUUGUAUUUUCGUUAAUGGUCACAGAUUUCAAAACAUGUAUUACUACUUUAAAUGCUUGAUUAUUUCCAGGAGAAUAAACAGCUCAGAAAAGUGAAUUUCUGUCUGCUUACUAUCAAAUUGCAAAAUAAAAAUGAUUCAGAAAUUACCCAGUCUCCGGUAUAUUCUCCGGUAUUCAGUAAAUGUCAAGUUGGAAGUUUGUCUGGUCAUGUGAUAUACAUUUUUAACGUAAGAACAACUGUAUGAACAGGCUAUGAACAUCUGUAUGGUAAAGAUGAAAUACAUAUUUGUUGUUUUACUUUCGGAAUAUAAAAAAUUGGAAUCGGGUCAAAGACAAAUGUUUUUUUAAAAAUAUAUUUUACAUGUACAAAUCCUUCCUUCUCACAUUGUUAUGUAUUAGUGUCUGCUGUUGGUUCCUGUGUUAUUUUUUGUCUUUCAGUAAAUUCAGUCUGUUGGAGACAGUCUGUGGGAUAGUAUGGAUAUUUCCUUUUGAGGUUCUCCAUACAUGCUGAGGAAGGAAAGAAUGUUGUUGAUAAAUUAUGUAGUGUCUGAGAAAUUGACUUUAUUUAUCUCAGUUGCUUUAUAUUUUCUGAUGCCAUAUUGUCCCAAGUACAUAUAUUCAGGUUUCCCAUAUUUUCAGGUUUUCUGUAUUAAUAUAGAGAAGUUGCAAUUUCAUACUAAUAUAAAGGUAUACGUGUAGUGUUUCAUUCUGUUAAGUUGAACCUGCCCUAGUGGCCAUCUGUAUUAAGCUGCCUUUUGUCAGCUAACUUCACAGAUUGUCUUUUUGUUCUGAUUUCAACUUGUCUUAUGCAGUCCUAUGCUGGAAGCAGCUAGAUUGUGACAUUUCUUUGGCUGGUAUUUUAACACCAUUUAAUUUCAAUACUAUGGAAAAGUAAUUUAUCUGUAUUACUCGCAAUGCAGGAUAACACAAUCAUGCAUAUACUAGUCUGCAGUAUAUUCUUUGGUUCAAAAUAUUCUAUGGUUUCAAUUAUGAAAAAACUGUCUGUUUGGAGAUAAAUUUCACUACAGAAUAUGUUACAAUGUCAAAGAUAUUUCUUGAGUUGAUCUUUACAUAUUUUUCUUUUCAAAUUACUGAUCACUGACAAAUUUAAUGCUUUGCUCAAUCGACACUGCAGCAGUCAACAUGCUUCUGAUAUGCCUAGAUGUAAAAAGUGCAUAGUUUGAUUUACCUGUAGUAAAUGACUCCAAAAUAUUUAUCAGUCAUUAUUAUGUAUACAGAGAUUCACUACACAUAUACAUACACAUAAAUGUAUGAAAUCACAAGCUCUAAUUUAAAUGGUAUUAAAUUACCAUAAUUUAUUUAGUGUUAGAUGCUCCAGCGUUAUGAAAAUUUUAUUAAAAAUGCAUUGGGAAGAAGGCAAAUUGUCUUAAAUUUAAGAUGGAUACACCAGAAUGUUAGUGAAGUUUUGUUUAGAAUUUUUAAGUACUUUUAUGUAUAUCGUAUGUGAUACAUAAGUAAUAUUAGAGCAUUUAUUUGAAGUAGCAAACAUUUUCAUAUUGGCAUCUGUAUAUAAUAGAUAAAGCAACAAAUACUGUAGUUUUUGCAAUGAGAUGGAAGUAUGUUGAAGAUUUUGUUGUCUCAUAUUCUGUGUGUGACCCAAGACCAAAGUGUGAAUUUUGUGACUUUGUUACCAAGGUAACGUAUUGUUGCCUGGUGAUGCAUUAAUGUGUGAUAGAUGUUUUUGUUUUAAUGAAUUUUUGACUGGCUCAAAAAAUAAAAGAAUUUAAAAAAUCA